AGGGAUCCUAUGUGUAUGUACAGAGGACAUCACGAUUCUACACUCGGGCAUCGCUCCUUCGAGUGUAAGGUGUCGUUCGCUGUUCGUCGUGUUUCGGUGUUUCCUUCUGGUAGACCAGACUUGACGCAAACCAUGUGGCAACUGGUUUCCGCAUUGACCUUGGUUGGCGUGACUUUGGUGACGGCAUUGCCCGCGGCGCAACAAAACGACGGUAACCUCGACGAUCUCAUCGCCCAGGCAUUCCCCAAUGCUAAGACGACACCUCCACCUCCGUCAGUGCCCCAGAUAGGUGGCGAUCUCGAUAGUCUUAUUCAAGACGUUUUCAAGACCGGAAAUGUUAGCACCACUACCCCCAGAAAUGUUAUCCUCGGCAUAGAGAAUAAAACACCCUCGAAACCUGACGACUGCGAAUGCGUGCCUUACUAUCAAUGCAAGGAAGGCAAGAUCGUGGAGAAUGGGGUCGGCAUCAUCGAUAUCAGGUCCGAUUUUGGUGAUAAGGAUGAGAAGCGCCCGGGAGGUCUUGGACCAUGCGACAACUACUUGGAUGUUUGCUGCAAAGCGCCGGAUCUCCUGCCACCAGUCACACCUCCACCGACCAGUAGUAGAACCGGAUGUGGACAGCGACAUCCUGAAGGAGUCGGUUUCAGGAUCACCGGCCAAACCGAUAAUGAGGCCCAGUUCGGCGAGUUUCCGUGGAUGGUGGCUAUUUUGAAGGAAGAGGCUAUUGGCGCUAACGGCCAGAAAUUGAAUGUUUAUCAAUGCGGCGGAGCUCUUAUCCACAGACAAGCCGUUCUCACUGCGGCUCACUGCGUCAACGGGAAGCAACCACAGGAGCUGAAGGUUCGCGCGGGAGAAUGGGACACACAGACGAAGAAUGAGAUCUAUCCGCAUCAAGAUCGGGACGUCGAGAGGGUCGUGGCUCACGAGGGCUUCCAUUCGGGUGCGCUCUACAAUGAUUACGCUAUCCUGAUCCUGAAGACCCCGAUCGAGUACGCGGAAAAUGUUGAUAUCGUGUGUCUACCGGAAAUAAACGCGAACUUCGACGGAUCCAGAUGCUUCGCCAGCGGAUGGGGAAAAGACGUAUUCGGUAAAGAGGGACGUUACCAAGUGAUCUUAAAGAGGGUGGAACUUCCUAUAGUACAUCGUGAUAGGUGUCAAGACAUUAUGCGUACCACCAGAUUGGGAAAAUACUUUGUUCUAGACAGAAGUUUCAUCUGUGCGGGUGGGGAACUAGGAAAAGAUACCUGCAAGGGCGACGGUGGAAGUCCACUCGUGUGUCCGCUACAGAAUGAUCCGACCAGAUACGUUCAAGCUGGCAUUGUAGCCUGGGGACUUGGCUGCGGCGAAAACGGAACUCCCGGCGUUUACGCUAACAUAGCCCAUGCCCGUCAAUGGAUCGACGAACAAAUGGCCUUCUACAAUCUGGACAAUACUGUUUACCAAUAUCCUAACUGAUUACUCUCGUCCAAAGUACUAAUAUGGACCACGCAAAUUUUUUUAUUUUUGGCAUUUAUUUAUAAGUACUGAGUUUUUUUUACAUCAAAUAAUUUAAAUUGAGAACAAUGUGAUGUUAGCAAGCUAUCACGUUGACGAUAUAGGAUUCCAUGAAUCUCUCUAAUAUUAAAAAAAAUCCCGCGUUAUUUUAUGUUCGUAGUUUGAGUUACGCGUUCGAAAGUGAUUGUUGACAUGUGCAUGUGACGAAAAACGAAUAAGACUUGUAAAAAUCAAUGUAUGUCAUUUUGUAUAUGACGCACAAGUGAAUAAUACAUUUUUAUUAAAAAUA